AUGGAGGCCGACAAUCAACUCUUGAUCAUCGCCGGCUCAGCUGCCGUAGCUUUCAUCGCAUACAAGGCGAUAUUCCUGCGGUCAUCACGCUUGGCUUCGAUACCGACCCUAGGCUACUCCAAUGCCGUGCUGUCGUACAUCGAUGCACUCCGUUUCGUCACACAAGGCAGGGAGUUGCUCGCGGAAGGAUAUAGCAAAUACAAGGGCGGUUUCUUCAAAGUGGCGAAUCUCGACAAAUGGAUGGUCCUCGCUAGCGGUCCCUCAAUGGUGGAAGAGAUUAGGCGUAUACCGGAAGAUCAAAUGUCCUUUCAUCAAUUCGCUAGCGAGUCUAUUCAGGGAAAGUACACCUUAGGUCCAGAUGUCAUGGCUGAUCCAUACCAUAUCGGGAUCGUCCACUCAAGGCUUACAAAAAGCCUGGCGUCCGUAUUCGAGGACGUUCGGGAUGAGGUAGACCUUGCGUUCAGCGAGCUAAUACCGGACAAUCAGUCCGACUGGAUCGCGUUGCCCGCAGUGGAACUGAUCAGAGCUGUCGUUACGCGCGCCAGUAACCGUGUGUUCGUUGGUCUGCCGCUUUGCCGGGAUCCGGAUUAUAUAGCUCUCAACAUCGAAUAUACUGUUCAGGUGGUUGACGCAAGGAAUAAGAUUAACUUGCUGCCCGACUUCAUGAAACCUGUUGCCGGGCAUAUCCUCAGUAACCUGCCUGCGGCGACGAAGAGAGGCGUACGUCAUUUAAAACCAAUCAUAGACGAGCGUUGGAAAAAGUACGAAGAGUACGGCCUCGACUAUCCCGAUAAGCCGGAUGAUAAGCUGAGCUGGUUGAUGGAUGCUGCGGCUAAUGUGCCGGAGCGCUGCGGAGCAGACGCAUUGGUUCGUCGGGUCCUCACCAUCAAUUUUGCUGCCAUACACACCAGUUCUUCGGUCGGUGUCAUCUUUCAUUCUUUGCUCAGCGAUUGCUUACCAAGAGGCAUCUGCCUGAAGACUAUGACCCACGCGCUUUUCCAUCUCGCCGCCAACCCGGAACUCUGGAUGGAGCCAUUGAGGGAAGAAGUCGAUAGAGUGAUCAAAGAAGACGGCUGGACGAAGGUUGCUAUGACAAAGAUGCACCGCGUUGAUAGUUUCCUGAAAGAAUCGACACGCUUGGACACCUUCAAUGGAUUCGCCAUGAUGCGAAAGGCUCUCAAAGAUCAUACCUUCUCCGACGGCACAUUCAUACCGAAGGGCACCUACCUGGCCUGUCCCACUUCGCCCACACAUGUGGAUGAUAACAACUACGACAAUCCAUUCACAUUCAGUCCUUGGCGCUUCUCGGACCUUAGGGAUGGCGAUGGGCAAGGCGCGAAGCACCAGUUCGUGAAUACCAAUCCGGACUAUAUCCCCUUCGGUCACGGAAAAUACGCGUGCCCGGGUCGGUUCUUUGCUGCUAAUGAGCUGAAGCUGAUGAUUGCCCACUUGGUUCUGAACUAUGAUGUCCAACUGGAGCAUGGAUCGCACGUUAGACCCCCUAACGUGAUCUUCGGAGCCUCUUGCAUGCCCAACCCCCGCGCGAAGGUGUGCUUCCGCAAGAGACAGUUAUGACUGAGGCACUACUACAUCCACGGGUCUCAAUCGGAGAUUGAUGAUGAAUAUCAUGUAUGAUACUUAUGGACAAUGAGGCGAC